ACUAUUGAGAUUGGGCCGUCGACUGAAAAACAAACGGCAAAAACAAUGACGUCAGUCAGGCGCUCAAUGAUUUGAUUGGUUGAACCUUGGAGGCCAAAGGUUUUACUUCCGUGUCACACAGCUAACAUGGCGGAUAAAGAUAAGAAGAAGAAGGAGAGUAUCUUCGAUUUGUCCAAGUACAUCGAUAAGCCUAUUCGUGUUAAAUUUCAAGGCGGACGAGAGGCCAGCGGUGUGCUGAAAGGUUUUGAUCCUCUGUUGAACCUGGUGUUGGAUGGCACAAUCGAGUACAUGCGGGAUCCAGACGACCAGCUGAAGCUGACAGAAGACACCCGGCAGCUCGGGCUGGUGGUCUGCAGAGGAACCUCUGUUGUGUUAAUCUGUCCUCAGGACGGCAUGGAGGCCAUUCCUAAUCCGUUCAUACAGCAACAGGAUGGCUAACACUACCUCUCAAACACAUACAGUCAUACACGCACACGUGCGCGCACACACACACACACACACACACACACACACACACACACACACACACACACACAUACGCACACACACGCACACACAGAUAUUUGUGGCGUCUUUUGUUGUUUCAAAAUUUUAAAGCUUAACAGUAAUUAUGUGUACAACUAAGCAGAUUUCAGUUGUUAAAAAUCAUAAGUUGAGCAACAAAUGGAAAUUUGAAAGUUCUUCACUUUGAUUUCUGUCUUUGGUGUGCAGAGUUUUGCAAAGAUUUGAGUUGUAAAGAGCCCACAAAGUUGGCAAAUGUUAAAAUAACCUUUUUCUUUUUAUCCAGAAUGUCAACUUUUUACUAUUCUUUGUUGUUUUUGAUAAGAAAAUAAAAUAAUACUUUGAGUUCA